AUGAGCAGCUCGAAGCAUGUCGUUCGUAAGGUUAACUUUGUUCAACAGGAAAGCAAGGCUCUUUAUAUAAAGAAAAUAGCAGAUUUUAAAGGAAACGUUUUUCAAAAAAAUCAUACACUGGUAGAAGAAAUUAAUUGUGUGAAAAAUGAUAUUGAUAAUUAUAAGUCUAUUAGCACGGCAAUCGGGCUUAAAUUUCGAAUAAAUGACUCAAAAUUAAAUUUUAAUUUACAUCAAGUUAACGCUAAAGAAUUUAGUCAUGAUUUAUGUUUGGAACAUAAAUGUCUAGUUAAUGAAGUUAAAGAAUGCCGAAAUUUCCAACGUUGUAAACAAUUAUAA